GCCGCCGCCGCUGCCCGGAACCACGUGCGGAGCCCGCCCGCGCCGAACCCAGCGGGACCCGGCUGGGCCUGAGCCCCGAGCAGCCCCAGGGCAGGGCAGCCUCAGUAGAGACCUUCAUCAUGAGUUUUGUCGAGUAUGAAGAGCUCAUUAAAGAAGGGGAUACCGCCAUCAUUUUUUUGGGCCAUGGCUCCAUGUUCCCAGUGCAAGUCCAGCAUGGGGCUCAGACCCAGACCAAGUAUGGUGUGAUCCGUCACUCAGCCCAUCUCAUUGGUCAACCCUAUGGCUCCCGGGUUACCUGCAGCAAAGGGGGCUGGGUUUAUGUGCUCCAUCCCACCCCUGAGCUCUGGACCCUGAACCUGCCACACCGGACCCAGAUUCUCUACUCCACAGACAUCUCCAUCAUCACAAUGAUGCUGGAACUGAAGCCUGGCUCUAUUGUUUGUGAAUCAGGUACAGGGAGUGGCUCCCUAUCCCAUGCCAUUAUCCGGACAGUGGCUCCCACUGGGCAUCUGCACACGGUGGAGUUUCACCAGCAGCGAGCUCAGAAGGCAGAGGAGGAGUUCCGAGAGCACCGAGUGGACCGCUGGGUGACCGUGAGGAACCAGGAUGUGUGUAAGAAUGGCUUCGGUGUGUCCCAUGUGGCCGAUGCCGUCUUCCUUGACAUCCCCUCACCCUGGGAAGCCAUUGGCCAUGCCAAAGACGCCCUGAAGGUUGAAGGUGGUCGCCUCUGCUCUUUCUCACCUUGCAUCGAACAAGUCCAGCGGACCUGCCAAGCCCUGGCUGAGCACGGGUUCAUCGAAGUCACCACCCUGGAAAUCCUGCUGCGAGAGUACAACGUUCGGACAGCUAACUUGCCUUUGCCAGAUCUGGGUGGGGCACUGGACCCCUUGCCUGUCCUAGGCGAAGCUCAGUUUAAGAUUGGGGUGCCCUUGAAGGAGACUGUGGGUCAUACUGGCUACCUGACCUUUGCCAGCAAGAGUUUGUUUUGAUGCUGCUGAUCCGGAGAGGGGAGGAGGCUGGGAGGUGGAGUGAAAGGGGGCUACGAUAUGUGGAGUCGCCCAGUUUCUUCCCUUGGUCAGAGAAUGCCUUAUAUAGUCAGGCCUCUCAGGCCUGGGCUUUUGUGGAUACACCACUCAGGCAGGCACUCAGCAGUCUGCACCCCGGGUUUUGGAAAUGGAGCAAGGAAUCUGGCCAAGUCCUAUCUAGGGUGUUUACUUUGCAUCUUUUCACCCACCCCCACCCUCUUUCUUGAACUCCUCCAACAUUCCCCCUCACCCUUCCCCCCUCCGCCCCCACUUCCCCUCCACAACUCUGUGGCCUGGAUUGAAUUUAUUUAGAUUUGGGAGAUGUUUUCCACCACCAUCCCCCUCAUCCCACUCUAGGCUUAUUUCCUUGCAUUUUUAUUUUUUGUUCUAAAAGAUAAAAAAUUGUCCCUCCCACCACCCCUGCCACCAGCCUGUCUUCCACAUCCCUCUGUGGGUGCUCUGUCCAGCAGGGAACAAGCAAGCUUUGAGCUUUAGCCAGAAAAGCACAAAAUUUAAAGUCAGGAACUAAGUUCAGUUCUUAUUCCAUUAUUCCAUCACCUAUACAGCCUUGUCAAAUGACUUCCCCUCUCUAGACUUCAGUUCCUUUAUCUAUAAAAGGAAGUGAUAGAACUAGAACUCUAAGACCAGUUCUAACCCUAAAUUCUGUUAUCCUAAAAGCUCCUGAGUGACUGGUAAGGUUAGGGGCAGCUCCUACUAAACUAAUGCCAUUUGUGGGGGUAAGAGGAGGAGUACAAUACCUCUUCCCCACCCCCAUCCAGACCCCAAGCUUGGCUUUGGGGACUGGAUUCCAGCUGUUCUCAGGAGCAAAAGCCUUCCUCUGCUGUUUUUCUUAGUCCCUAGAGAUGGCAGGGCCUCUCUCACCCUUCCUGGAAUGUUAACAGCUGUAAGAUGGAAAAUAUACCAUCCUAAGCCUGUGGAUAACUCCUUUGUAACAAUAGAGAACUUAGUACAUUCCUUUAAAAGCUCACCCUUCCCAUGUUUCUUACCCAGAUAGUCUUUGGCCUGGUGUGCACAUCAGCUGUCUGUUUUUCCUGGGUUGCCCUUGGAGUGCUGGAUCACAUUUCCAUCUUCUGAAAUGGGUCUCCCACAUCUCCUAGAGGAGCCAUGAAGGAGACCGUCUCUCUAGCAUCAUUUGUCAGAAUCUUGCUUGGAAGCAGUGCUCAAACUUGAUAUCAGGGAAAAAAAUUCUAGUAAUCAGGACCCAAAGAGUGUUUCUGGAGGUAAUGAGCUGUCUGUCACCUUUGGAAUAUUUGGGGAUAUUGCAGAAGGGAAUCCUACUUGAGCAAGGGUUGGACUACUUGGGAUCCUGGAUCUCAAACAGCUGUCCAGUACCUGAACAGUAUGUCUUGUACUAUAUCUAGUCUCUGUUUUGAAGACCUCCAUUGACAGGCCACCUGAGGCAGCCCAGUCAAUUUUGGAGUGGCUCUGAUUUAAUGCUUUGGAAUUGGUGUGGCACUUAACACAAUCCUGCAAAAUAUCUCCAUUUUAAAAAUGGAAAAUCAACCCUUCAAGUGAAUAAGAAAUUUUUUUCUUAAGAUGAAAUCUGCAUUAUGAGACCAAAGCGAACAUGUUUUAAUCCACUCCCCUGCCAUAGCCCUUCCAAUAGUUGAAGGCAACGAUUCCCCGGAUUUCCCACCUGAGGCUUCUCUUCUCUGGGAUAAGCAGCUUCAAGCUCUCUAGCAAAUCCUCAUGGGACCCAUGUCUGUGAUACCUGAGGGUGUGGAAGUGCAGAAAUGGUUUGUAGUUCUAAGAGCUGAGACUCCUUACUCCAAUACCUGCCAAAGGACUUCAGUAGGGCCAGUUUGUGCUAUUCUGGGGAAAUGAACACGUAGAGACUCCAAAUUUGUCUUGGUUUAAAAGGAAAUUCCAUCUGUUCCCACUAGCAAAAGAAAGGCAGAAAACACUUGUGGGUGUCCAUUAUGAGAGAUACAAGAGCCUUGGCUCCAGUGUUAGCCUUUUGGAAGGAGAGAAAAGAGAUUGGAAAUGGGUUCUCUGAUUCCCCCGCCUGUCUGUCAGACUUAGGGAUAUUGCCCACAUGCAAGUACUUGUGUGCAGAGUGGGCACCCAUCAGCACAUACGUACAUAUCUGGGUGCAUAAUUGGCAGCUGUGUCCUAAACACAAUGACUUUGGAGUCAAACUGGACUCGAUUAUUGACUCGGACACUUGAGUAACUGUGCAACCUGGGAUAAUUCUUCUGCUAAAAGGGACUAAUAAUAACAACACUCCCUCACAGAGUUAUGUGGAGACUCAAAUGAGAGAAGGGGUAUGAAUUUGUUUGGUAAAUCUUGUCAACACGAGCCUUCCCUGCAGUGCA